CAUGUUUACAAAAGAACUUAAAAGUUUUAUAGAUAUUUUCAUUGACUACUCUGUUGUUAUAGUAACAUUUUUUACUUCAAUUUGAUACCAUGGCAACAGAACAACUUGUGAAUUAUGAGUUAUCAAUAGUAUUGGCAGAAAUAGUUGGAAAAAAUAUUCAGAAUACUCAUUGAAUAUAGAAUAGUAUACUAAAAUGGAUUUCAUUGAUAUGAAAAAAUUAAGUGAAAUACUUUCACCACCAAAGGAUGAUUCUUCAGACAGUGAAAGUGAUCUUCCAAAAACUUCUUUAAUACAACUUUGUAAGUCUAAUAUUAUUAUUAGAUAUUAUGGAACUGUUAAGUGGAUUAAUACUAAUAUAAACCUAAAGUUUUUUAGAAAUAAAAAUAGUAAUUUAUUUUUUCUUGAUUAUCAAUUAAAUACUAAAUACACUAAUAACUGGGUUUUGAUUAUCAUAUUAAAAAAUUGAAAUGUUGACACUUAUACAUAUUUAUACAGUAGUGUGUCUUAAAAAUUUGUGGAUUCCCUAUCAAAAUUAUUACCUCUGUCAAUAGUUUUCUUAGUAAAAAUGUUUGUUCUAUCCAAUUGUCUAUUCAUCACUAAAUUUGAAUGAUAUUAUUAGUUAAAUAAUAUAUAAUAGUAUUUAAUGACUAUUUUGCGCUAUAAUAUCAAUUGUGAGUGAAAAAAGAUGCCUAUGUAAAAUUGUUACAAGGCACUGGUAUUAUAAAAAAUUGUAAAAGAAUGAUAGAUGGUCAAAAAACUUCUGAUAGUGUUCGAUCUGUAAUAUUUAUAUCAAGUUUUUAAAUAUUUUAAGUGCUCAAAAAUAGAAAUAAAUAUUAAAAAGUUAUUUUUUUAGAAAUGUAUUUAAGACAAUUGGUAUGAGGUACAGGAAAAAGAACUUCAUGUUCAUAAUUAACUUAAAUAAUGUAUGCCUAACAAAACAUUAAUCAAUUUUAAAUAGAUACAAUUUGAAUAUUUAAAAUAAUGGACAAUACCUAUGAAAAAGUUAUUUAAUUGGUUUGUAUUUAAAAUAGUAUUAAAAUUAUUAACAUUAUUUUUGGUUUUAAUAAUAUAAUAUUAUUAUCAUAGGUAUGAUUACUAAGUACUUGUUUGAAUUUAUUUUUAGUAAAAAUAUUUCUUAAUUAAUAAUUAUAUACCUACCUAAUUCAUAUUUUGUGGUUUGGGAUUAAAUUUAUUAUUGGCUGUUAGUACCUAAUAUCUUCCUACUAAUCUAUGGUUUAAUAACAUUUAAUAAUUUAAACAGGCAAGUCAAAGACAGGAAAAGAUACAAAGAUUGUAUCAAAAGAAACCAUAAAAAACGAAAAAAAAUGUGAGAAAAUUGAAGUGAUACAGUCAGAAGAAGAGAAAGCUAAGAACAUAUGGCUAGAAGAAGAAGUUGUAGCAGCCCCAAUAGCAAUUGAUGUCGUUUCAGACACUAGAACUAGACCGGAUUACAAUGUCAAGUAUCAGCAGUAUGUCGGAACGGAAGACGUUUUUUUGCAAGUAAAUAUAAUUUUAGAUAUUGAUCAAAGUGAGGAAUGUAUUGAUUUUACAAUGAUGUUUUAUUUUUAUUUUUUAUACUGUGUAUGAAAUAUCUGCUAAUACACUUGUUCUAAUGAAAAAAGAUCUCGGCAUUUUGUGUCAAAUUUUGGAUUUUCUAGUUGGUGACAAAGAAACCAUUUUUUUAAUUUUCCAAGUGGUUUUCAUAAUAAUAUUGAACAACUGAAAAAGAUAAAACAUACACACUAACAAAUUUACAGCAGUAACAUUUUUUCAUGUUAUAUUUUUACAAUCAGGAAAGGAGUAGCUUGUCUGGCUUAUAAGUGACCCAAAAUGUUCAAAAUUAAAAAUAGUUUGAUAAUUAAAAUAUUUUUACAGGAUAAGAAACUGAUAUUUUGGAUUUAUUGAUAGCGUCAUCAUAAUAAAUGCAUAUUAUAUUGAAUGAUGUACCUAUUUGCAUUUUUAUAGAAUUUCAUAGAUGAUAUUCUGAUAGGUACUCAGUGGCAAUUUUAGGUUUUUGUCUGGAGGGGUGGGGGUAAUAUUUAACAGUAAUCACCAAUUUGAGGUGAGCUCUAUCCAUCUCAAUCUUUAAUAAGUAGCCUUAGAUUAUAAUAAAUGAAUAACUUAUUAGCAUCAUAAAUACAAAUUAUAUUGCCAAAAUUAUAACAUAAUAUAUAACAUGUUACUUAAGAUAAAAUGUUCUACUAAAACAAAAUUAAAUACCCAUGAGAAAUAAAAUACCCAAUUAUUUUUUAUUCUUGUUUAGAAAAUAAGGAGUUGUAAAAAUAACUGUACAUAUUUUAACAAACAAAUGAAUUGUAUGCCUAACAACAAGGUAAUAUUAAAUUUUUUAAUAGUUAUUUUUAUAUUACAAAAUUUAAUUUUCUAGAUUUUGUUGCUAAAUCAAAGAUAAUUUCUUCAACUGAUUAAUUUAUGUUUUGAUGAAUUAAUAACAGUGUUUUAAUAAAUAAUGGAUGUUUAAAUAUAUAUCAUUACAAUUGUCUUCUUGACUUGUCUUGAGUUUCUAAACCAUUUUUAGUUAACAAGUCACUAGUCAUUUAAAUUUUCACAUCUUUAGUUCAGCAAUAAUAUUGUGUUUGUUAAUUGUGAGGGAAUUUAAAAAAAGCCAAAUGUUAAAUUUCCUUUCUGUCUUCAUCAGAACAUAUUACAAAAAUCAUAUUAUUUUAUUUAAAACUUUUAAUUUAAUGGAUAAUAUUUAGUAACAAGAUAGUACCUUAUUAUGAUAAUGAACUUAAUGUUAAAAUAUCUUUUACAUACCUAUGAAAACUUUUUUAUGGUUUAUAAAAGGAUCAUUAACUUCAAAUAUAAAAUUGUCUAAGAAAAGUAAAAAUAAGUAAUUAUGGUCAGUGAACAAUCGAUGAUUAUUGUUAGUGCCGAUUUCAUGUGACCACUGACCAGAGAUACUAAUUACCUAUGAAAUAUACAAGUAAUACCUUAAUUCUUGCCAAUGACAGAGCACAUAGGGGGAUUGAUUGUUCCCUGUAAAUAUACCAUUCUAGAUAUUAACUAUUAAUAUAUUUUUGUUAUAGAAUCUGAUACUGAUAAUUAAAGCAGAGAAGUUAUAGGAAGUAAAAUUGGAAAAAUAUGCAUUUAAACCAUUAGAUAUGCAAAAAAUAUUCACUAAAGAAUUUAUAUUUUAGAAAAAUUAUCUAUCAUUCCGAAAAUUUCCAAUUAUUACAUUUGCAAUAUAUCUUUUAUAUCUGUUGUUUUAUCUAUAGAAACCCAUAUUUUAUUUCCAAUAACGUCUUUUCUAAUUUGAUCCAUAGUUUCUAAAUAGCAAUAAUUUGUAUACAUUUUUCUCAAUUGACUAGGAAUGUCAAAAGUGUAAUUUUCAAGAAACAAUUGGAGUUGAACAUUAGACAUUUUCUGUAAAAGAAUGUUUUGCACACAUCAUAACCUUACAUAAAUCAUGUGAAAAACAGAUUUUUUUGUUUGACAGUUGUGAUUGUUGUUUAUUUUCUGCAGGUACCUACAGUAGCUUACAUACAUAUAAUAUACAUUAGCACAGUACAUAUAUAAUACCAUAAAGUUUUUAAUAAAUCAAAAAUAAUGUAAUUUUUCUCUCAAAAAUGUGUGAAUAUUUUGAAUAUUAUUUAGAAUAUGCACAAAAUAACAAAAUAUGCCUUUUUGUUUAAAAUUGUCAAAAUAUGCAAAACAAAAUUUUAUAUUACACUUUUGGUGCUUGCGAUAUAUUUAUAACUUGGUUUUCUAUGAAAUAGAGGCUCAGAAAAAAACAUGCAAAUCCUAUAACUUCCUCGCCUUACUGAUAAUUGACCAAUCGGUACUAUUUUGUAUUUCUAAAAGCUUUUCUUCAUCGAUUAUGCAAUAUUAAAAGACUAGGUAUUUAUUAUUUUGUGUGCAGUAUAGGCAUUUUUAAAUUCUAAACCAUUCUGACUAUUGAAAUUAUCUUAUAGUAAUUAUUUGGCUGAAUGAAAGUCUCUUAUAAAAAAAAAUUGUGUGGUGGAUAUUAUAGAAAAGAUGUUAAUGAUGUUAAUUCAAGUUUCUACAACUGUGUUAUACUUCUCUAAAUCAAAAUCAAUACUAUUAUCCAAGCUCUGCUCAUAAUCGUUUUUUGUGAGCAAUGAAGUCAUGCAUAUAGAUAUAUAUUAAAUUCCACUCCAUAUCCUACGUUACUAGCUUCACAUCUAUAAAAGUGGCUUAUCCAAUGUGUGAAGAAGGUCCGUUUUUUAAAAUGAAGUAACAAUAUUUCUAAUAAUAUUUAACAAACAAUUUUUUUAAUUUAAUAAUAUCCAUUCAGUAUGAAUAUUAAGCCAGGAUUAAUUGGGGGUCUAAGGAGGGUCAUGGCGGAGGUAUGGCGGUCAAGGAGGUAUGAUCUAUAUAUAUAUGUCUAUAUUAUUUAUUUAUUUUUUUUGUUAAAACGUAUUGAUUAGUUAACAUUUUAAAAAAAUGUAUGUUAUUAGUCUUUCAAAAAGAGCCUCAUUGAAAAAUUAGGCCGAGCGACCUCUUAAUCCCGACUAGCAAAAUAACUCUUACUUAUUGAUUAUUUUUUGAGUAAGUUGUUAUACUCGUGUACCUAAAUAUUAUUUAUUUAAUAAUGAAUGACAUUUUGAAUCAUAACGAUACUUUAAUAACACUGAUGAUUUUUUUGCAUUUACACCUACCUACAUAAACAUCUAUUAUUGUUAGAAUAUUUAUCAAUUUAUGAAAUUACCUAUUAAUAUAAGUAGGUACAAUCUGGGGGAUUAGGUGAGAAAGUGGAUUAAGUGGAAAUUUGGAACGAGUGUGGCUGACCCAAAUAGUUUGGAUGAAAACGACUGAGAAAAAAAAUACCUAUUUAGUUUAUUAUAAUUAGUAAUUAAAUAAUAAUAUAAUAAUAUAAUAAUAAUUAAAAUUAUUAUAAUUAUAGUUUAAUUAUAAAUACCUAUUUAUAAUUUGAUGAUUAACAAUGUGAAAUUCGGCUUGAAAUUAUAAUUAUUUCCAAAAUCAUAGUCAACGUCUUUCAGUAGCAAUAGGAUUUUUUUACAUCCAAAACAUUAACCAAAUAUUUGAAUAAUGUUUUGUUUAUUUAUGUUUAUCCAUUUUAACAGCACAUUUUUGUAAAUUGUAACCGAUGUCAGUGUUAUUUAACUUGAAAUUAGGUAGUUUAUACAUAAACGUUAGAAAUUAUCAAUAGGAAUCACAAAAGUUUCUCAAAUGCAAAACACUGAUUUCAAUAUUUAAAUGUGUUUUUAAAUGACUGCACUCUAUCGUUCUUAUCUUAACAAUACCCACUUGUAUAUUUUAUUUAACCCUCAUAAGUGGUAAAAAUGUUUGACGUGGGCAGUUAAUUUAAUUUUUAUGUUGUAAGUGAUAUUCACUGUAGGUUGGUAUGAGUAAACACUAACCAAAUUGUAUUAUAAAUGUUUAGCUAUAUUCAGAUUCUCAUACGGAUUUAAAAUUUCUCAAGUCGAGAAUUAAUUUUAAAAACUAAAUUCGUAUAAAUGGAAAAAAAAGUUUUUCUGGGAACCCAGACACAAUUGUUAAACGUACAAGUUUUUUUCUUCAGAUGGGCCCAAAGACGCCGUUGACGUCCAGUUGCGAGGCAAUGAUCAUAGAAGUGAAAAUGCCGGGUGACCGCAUGCCGGGUAUUUGCACGGACGUUACGGACGAUUCGGUGGACGUGCGCAGUCCCAAGUACAGGUUACACGUGCCAUUUCCGCACAACGUGCACAAACAAGUGUCAAAGGCUCAGUGGAACUCGUCGACCGAAACACUUACUAUCACCGUGUUCCUGAAACGCGAAUUUGACGCUAUAAAUUUUUGACUCAUUUGUAUCUAUGUAUAAGCGAAUUUUUGGCGUGUUGACUGUAUUUCCUUUUAUUGUAUUUUACAUUCCUACACACUGAUUCGAAUUAAAUAUUUUCUGUGUUUAAAUAUAUUUGUAUGCACUUCAUAUUAUUACAUCAGUGUCGUGGCUAAGAGUCUUUAGUCUCCUUCCCAUUGACAGUGUUAAAAUACCAAAACUAUUAUAAACUAUUCAGUAUAGAAAACUUAUUACUCAUAAACUAGUAACGAU